AAUAGAACUGGCAUUGAAGUCUGGUCGGCAUUCUCAAUCUAUCAAGUAUCAAUCUUGAUUGAUUUGUGAGUGUUUGUAUUUUGUUCGUAAAUUUAUUCCCAUUCGUCUAAUCUCAUAAUAUAGUUUCAACAAUCCUGUAAAGUGCGUCACGACAAUUGUCCAAAAUGGACUUUCAAAACCGACCUGGUGGGAAAACCGGUGGAGGAGGCGUAGCAUCAUGGUCGGAAAGCAACCGAGAUCGACGUGAAAGGCUAAGGCAACUCGCCUUAGAGACCAUCGACCUUAAUAAAGAUCCAUAUUUUAUGAAAAAUCAUUUAGGAUCUUAUGAGUGUAAAUUAUGCCUUACAUUACAUAACAAUGAAGGCAGUUAUCUAGCGCACACUCAAGGAAAAAAGCAUCAGGCUAACUUAGCACGGAGAGCAGCUAAGGAAGCUAAAGAAGCACCUCAGCAACUGGCUCCAGAGAAGCCAAGAAUUGAACCUAAAAAAUUUGUAAAAAUUGGAAGACCAGGUUAUAGAGUCACAAAGCAGAAGGAUCCUGAGAAUGGGCAGCAAAGCUUGCUAUUUCAAGUUGACUAUCCAGAAAUAGCUGAAGGGGUUCAGCCUAGGCAUCGCUUCAUGUCUGCUUAUGAGCAGAAGAUAGAACCCCCAGACAGAAGAUGGCAAUAUUUACUUUUUGCUGCAGAACCAUAUGAAACAAUAGCAUUUAAAGUGCCCAGUAGAGAAGUGGAGAAGCAUGACUCUAAAUUCUGGACCCAUUGGAAUAAAGAUACCAAACAAUUUUUCCUCCAGUUUGCAUUUAAAAUGGAGCCUUUAAGAAUGCCUCCGCCACCUAAAAUGUGGGAAAACCAUGGCAUGCGUUUGCCUCCACCACCUGGUGCCCAAAUGAUGGGGGUACCACCUCCACCCCCUUUAUUACCAGUGCCUCCACCACCCCCAUCUAUGUAACAAAUGGUUAACAAAUGAUAAUAUUAAAAGUGUGAAAUUAUUUUUUCUUAUUUUUAUA